AUGGAAUUAUGUAAGGAUAUUCUUACAAAUGAACAAGAACAACAACAAUCUGAAACAAAUCCUAAAUCUUUAUUUGGAGACCCUUUCUCUGCUAGCAACAAACAUCAAAAUUCCUCUUUUGAUGAUCAAUCCUAUUUUGCUAAUAUAUUAAACAACGCUAUUCUUGAUGCUGACGAAAUUAAAUCUAAAUCUAAAAGAGUGGUUAUUGAACGUGCUCCAGACAACACAGACAUCAUUAAUAUUGCUAAAAAAUUGCGGCUGAUUGUGGAGUGUCAGAAGAUUUGUUGGAAAACGAAAUUCAUCGUCAUCCGCGUGAGUCUAAAGAUGUUAUAA